AUGGGCUCAGCGUUAGGCACCCAAGCACCGCCUAAAGAAGCUACCGCAGUCCGCUGGACGAAGCUGUCGCCCAACUUGUCCUCCCAACGCAACGUCAUCAACCUUGAUUGCACGACAACGUCGGAAGAAGCACGAACCCGCGGCAUUGCGACCCGAGAGCCCUACCUCAGCCCAGGAGGUAGAAUGGUGAGCCAACCGCAGAACCCAAACAGCAGCCACCCGCGGCCGCUGUUCGGGGCCGAGCUUGAGGCAAGACCCCCUGAUGGCAACCUAGUCUUUGAAAUGAGUGGGGAGUCGGCACCUUCAAAGGACAACAACAACAACAACAACAACAACAACCCGAAUAAUAUAUACCCGGAGAGGAAGGAGACAGGCCCCGAUUCUCAGGCUCAUCCGUGGCCGUUCUACCUGGAUGAGCAAGGUCAGAGGCGACCGAUCAUGGACGAAGCCGGUAGAGCACAGGCUGCGGCCAACGACGAUGAUGAUGCCGUGCCUGCUGCAUUGGCGAUUAAGUUCGCGGGGCGUCCUGUGGCCUCCGAUGCUUCUGCAGAGGUCCGGCCUCUUGUGAUGAGGCCCGCCAGUCCAGCCGAAACAGAGUCCUUUAUCCCGGCGCCGCUCAACAUUUCUCGACCUUCGCAGUCAUCACCGCCUCCACUCUCACCCAAGAAGUACAAGCCCUAUCAACCGCCAACUUCUCUGGAAGAGCCAAAGUCGCCAUCGAUUGCUGGGCACCCCAAGCAUGAGCCAGGCCAAGCCUAUAGGCCGUACCGUCGGCCGUCAUAUGAUGAAAGGCCGUCUGCGAGCGCUGCUGCCGUUCCGACCGCGGCACCUGCAUCAGGCUAUGGAAUGGUUGGGAGCGCUCCAACUUCGCCAGCGCCCUCAGCUCAACCGUUUAGAUAUCCAUCUCCUGCGGGCAAGGAACAACAAUCUUUGGCAGCCGUUCCACCUACGGCGUCUCCUAAGAUACCUGCGACAGGCUCGCCCGCUCUAGGGAGUAGAACACCGUCUCCUUCUCUCAGACCUUACCAAGCCCCAUAUUCUGAAUAUGAGGUAGGCAACCCGGCCAACCAGUCACCUCCACCGCCCGUUCCGCUCAAGACUCGCCCUCCCGCCGUUGAUUCUAGCGCUCACCAGGAGGCCGGAGUACAUGUUGGACAGCAAGGAACUCCUCCUGUUCCUCCUAAAAGUUCAUCUCCUCCACAGCCUGCCGAGAUAGUUCUAUGGCCACACCCACCGGCUUCUGGCCCAGCUAAGGCAACGGCUCAACCUCCAUCACCAAAUCCACUUGUCAGUGGAAGUAGUCCGGGACCUUCGAAGCCCACGAGCCCGGCUCCGGGCCAGGUUGCAUCUUUUAUUCCAGACCCAACUCCUAUCCCGGUUGAGACUAAACCUCCUCCUGUUGCUGCCCCGACCUUUCAACCCAGUCCCCUACCAAGUCCCCAACCCAGCCCUCAACCUGCCCAGCAGUCAAGUGCUUUCAUUCCGCAAGCAACAUAUGCUUCCGGCAGUGGUCAGAAUGCAGAAGCAUCGGCGAGGCCAUCGAAGUUCCCUCAGUUUCCGGAAGUCGACCAUUCCGUUGACUCGGAUCCGCCACCUCCUUAUAUGCUGACUGCAACACAUGGCUCCGGUUCCCAUUCUGUUCCGUCCGAGAAACCUUCGCUGUUCCCGCCUCCGCCGCAGAUGGCCCCCCAUUUGCCUCAGACCGAUUUCCCUACUCAGGCUACCUAUGUUUCUCAGAGCCAGCCAUCAUCCCCGUUACCUCCUCAGACUUUCUCCUCUCCCUACGGGCAGCCUCCUUCUCAACCACCGCCUUCUCUUGGCCAACCACCAACGCAACCCCCUCCUGGACAGUCUCUUCCAAAUGCAGGCCCGUCUCCGCAGGCUCCAUCUUCUACGCAAGAUGAUUGUCUUCCGCCACCCGGCCCACCACCUUCGCAUACGCAAUACGCAUACACCCCUCUCCCAGGCCAGACAUAUCAUGUUCUUCAACCUCCCCCACCUCUCCCCCCCAGACCUAGCACCUCUCAUGCGUAUCCUUCGGUAGGAUUGAGCACCAACCCAGUCUACUCGACGGCUUACCCCCCUCCGCCGAAGACCCACUAUGUAGCCCAACCCCAAGCAAUUGCUGGGCCAUCACACUCGUCAAGUUCUCAACGCCCGGCGGGGGGGAAGCUGUUUGGGAGUUCAGUUGCCAAGAAAUGGCUUGACAAAACAAGCCAGGUAUUAGAGAACAAGGUUGAAGAGAUUCUCCAGAACCACCCUGACCCGAGAUUCCGACCUCAGGCAAAUUCCAACCAUGCGCCGCAGCAGCCGCAAUAUGCGUCUCAACAGCCUUCUGGGCAAUAUUACAGCAACACCGGUUCUACCACACCUCAGCCUCAAUGGCAACCCCCGCGCUCAGGUCCACCGUCCUGA